AUGGACCUAGACACCAACUAUGGCCUCCAGUGGCAUCAAGAAACACAGUGGUCAUCAGAGGAGGUUCAAACCAGAAAAUGGACUAUUCCUUUAUCUCAGGUCUCCAUCAUUGCCCAGAGCCAGGGUGAUCCUGCAGGGCAGUGUUUUCAGGAGCUGAGCCUGCAUCUGCAUCUGUUUAAGCUCCAGGCUGCUGCACAUCAUCCUGCCAACCCUCCUAGGCAACGACAAUCUGUCUGCCUCAACCAUCUUGUUUCCAGUUCCACCUUUCUCCACAGUGUGCAUUUGCCCAAGAAGCCUAACAUCAAAAUCUUCAGCGGGAGCUCCCACCAGGGCUUAUCCCAGAAAAUUGCUGACCGCAUGGGCGUGAAGCUAGGCAAGGUGGUGACUAAGAAAUUCAGCAACCAAGAGAUCUGUGUGGAAAUUGAAGAAAGUGUACGUGGAGAGGAUAUCUACAUUGUUCAGAGUUGGUGUGGUGAGAUAAAUGACAAUCUAAUGGAGCUUCUGAUCAUGAUUAAUGCUUGCAAGAUUGCUUCAGCCAGCCGGGUCACUGCAGUCAUCCCAUGUUUCCCUUAUGCCUGCCAGGAUAAGAAGGAUAAGAGCCGGGCUCCCAUUUUGGCUAGGCUUGUUGCAAAUAUGCUAUCUGUAGCAGGAGUGGAUCAUAUUAUCACCAUGGAUCUACAUGCAUCUCAAAUUCAGGGCUUUUUUGAUAUCCCAGUGGACAAUUUGUAUGCGGAGCCAGCUGUCUUAAAGUGGAUAAAGAAAAAUAUAUCUGAGUGGAGAAACUGUACUAUUGCCUCACCUGACACUGGUGGAGCAAGAGUGACCUCCAUUGCAGACCAUUUGAAUGUGGAUUUUGCCUUGAUUCACAAGGAAUGGAAGAAGGCCAAGGAAGUGGAUUGCAUGGUGCUAGUAGGAGAUGUGAAGGACCGGGUGGCCAUACUUGUGGAUGAUAUGGCUGACACUUGUGGUGCAAUCUGUCAUGCUGCUGACAAACAUCUCUCAAUUGGAGCUACCAAAGUUUAU